UGUUUCCGGCAUAGUUGUAGUUGGCCUUGUCGUUGCCGGCCGCAGGAGGCGGCCAUUUUCCAUGGGAGUGGAGCCGCCGAACGCUGCUUCUCCCGGCGGCCGCGGCCAGAGGGAGUGAGAGGCGAAGACCGCCGGGCGUGUAGAUCGCCGCUCCCGGCACGGGAGGAGGGGGAGUCGCCGCCGCCGCCCUUAGAGAGGGGAGGAUGUUUUCCUUCUCUACCACCGUGCAGCCCCAGGUUACAGUUCCUCUGAGUCAUCUCAUCAAUGCCUUCCAUUCACCAAAAACCUCAGCUACUUCUGUCAGCACAGCAUCUAUUCAGUCUCUACAGAGGGAUACAGCCCCAGAACAUGAUGCUCAAACCAGUGAGCCUGUACUGAAUCUGAGAGACCUGGGAUUGUCCGACUUGAAAGUUAGCCAGCUCGAUGAACUAGUGAACAGAUUGCUUCCUGGCUAUUGUACAGAAAACAAAAUCUCUUCCCAGUGGAAUACAUCCUAUAUCUCUGCACAGUCCUUCUUUGAAAAUAAACAUGGUUUCAUGGAUGUAUUUAGUACUUUACGCUCAUCUUACUUAUAUAGACAGCACCCUAGUCCCCUCCAGAGUGUGUGUUCAGACCUUCAGCGCUGGCCAGUUUUCAUACAGUCUCGGGGUUUUAAGACUUUGAAAUCAAGAGCAAGACGUCUGCAGUCGACAUCCGAACGAUUUGCAGAAACAGAAAACGUAUCCCCUUCAUUUGUAAAGGGACUCCUUUUGAGAGACCGAGGAUCUGAUGUUGAAAGCUUAGACAAGUUAGUGAAAACAAAAAAUAUACCUGAAGCUCAUCAAGAUGCGUUUAAAACUGGUUUUGCUGAGGGCUUUUUGAAAGCACAGGCACUCACGCAAAGAACAAAUGAUUCCUUAAGACGAACACGUCUUUUUCUCCUUGUUUUGUUACUGCUUGGUAUUUAUGGCUUGUCAAAAACCCCAUUUUUAUCUGGUAAAGGCUUCUUUUCUGAUACUGUACGCUUUCGGACAACAUCUGGGCUUGAUGCAGCAGUUGAUCCUAUUCAGAUGAAAAAUGUCACCUUUGAACAUGUUAAAGGAGUGGAAGAAGCUAAGCAGGAAUUACAGGAAGUUGUAGAAUUCUUGAAAAAUCCACAGAAAUUUACUGUCCUGGGAGGUAAACUUCCAAAAGGGAUUUUGUUAGUUGGACCACCAGGUACAGGCAAGACCCUUCUUGCACGAGCUGUGGCUGGUGAAGCUGAUGUUCCAUUCUACUAUGCAUCUGGGUCAGAGUUUGAUGAGAUGUUCGUUGGUGUUGGAGCCAGUCGUAUCCGAAAUCUGUUUAGGGAAGCAAAAGCAAAUGCUCCUUGUGUUAUAUUUAUUGAUGAGUUGGAUUCUGUGGGCGGGAAGAGAAUUGAGUCUCCAAUGCAUCCCUACUCAAGACAGACCAUCAAUCAACUUCUUGCCGAAAUGGAUGGCUUUAAGCCUAAUGAAGGCGUUAUUAUUAUUGGUGCAACAAACUUCCCUGAAGCAUUAGAUAAUGCUCUAAUACGUCCUGGCCGCUUUGACAUGCAAGUUACAGUUCCAAGGCCAGAUGUGAAAGGUCGAACAGAAAUUCUGAAAUGGUACCUUAAUAAAAUAAAGUAUGAUCAAUCUCUUGAUCCAGAAAUAAUUGCACGGGGUACAGUAGGAUUUUCUGGAGCAGAGCUAGAAAAUCUUGUGAACCAAGCUGCAUUAAAGGCAGCUGUUGAUGGGAAAGAUAUGGUAACCAUGAAGGAACUGGAAUUCUCAAAGGACAAAAUUCUCAUGGGACCUGAACGUAGAAGUGUAGAAAUUGACAAUAAAAACAAAACAAUCACAGCAUAUCACGAAUCUGGACAUGCUAUAAUUGCAUAUUAUACCAAAGAUGCAAUGCCAAUCAACAAAGCUACAAUCAUGCCCCGAGGACCAACACUUGGACAUGUGUCUUUGCUACCAGAAAAUGACAGGUGGAGUGAAACUAGAUCCCAGCUGCUUGCACAAAUGGAUGUUAGUAUGGGAGGGAGAGUAGCAGAAGAACUCAUAUUUGGAAGUGAUCACAUCACAACAGGUGCUUCCAGUGACUUCGACAAUGCUACUAAAAUAGCAAAGCUGAUGGUGACUAGAUUUGGAAUGAGUGAGAAGCUUGGUGUCAUGACGUACGCAGAUACAGGGAAACUCAGUCCUGAAACCCAGUCUGCAAUUGAACAGGAAAUAAGAACACUUUUAAGGGACUCAUAUGAACGAGCAAAGAACAUCUUGAAGACCCAUGCAAAAGAACACAAGAAUUUAGCAGAAGCUUUAUUGACAUAUGAGACUUUGGAUGCCAAAGAAAUCCAGAUAGUUCUUGAGGGGAAAAAAUUAGAAGUGAGAUAACAACUUCCUUUAUGGAGUCUAACUGAUCAUUUGAAGAAUGUACAUCUAGCAAUGCAGUUGUCUCUGAAUGCAGCAUAGCUUUUUUUUUCCUGAUGUUUGCAUAGUAUUAAUAACAUUUCUUAGUGUUAUGCAUUGUCUUGAGUUUUUGUUACAAUUAUCUAAUUUUUGUCUUUGUUUAGAAUGAGAGACAAGGAAUAAACUAAGUUCCCACAGGAAAAAAAAUCAGAAAUAUAAAAUCUCAGGGUUGAAUCCACCUUGUGUGGAGACCUCAGUCAAAUGUUGAAAUUGGAAGAAAAGAAAAGUGAAUGCUCUAGUGUGUUCAAGCAUAUUUUCCUUGGUUAUGCUGCUAUCUGUGGGUUUGAAGUGGUAGCAUCUUAAUAUGUACAGUAUAAAAUUUUGUAGAAAGUGAGCCCUUAAGUGCUAAAGUUACAAAACAGUAAUGAUUUUAUGUUUACCAAUAAAGUACAGUUUUAAAAAAACACAGUUCCUGCUCCAGAAAUGCAACAAACAUACCUGUUAAAUGAGUGGAUACACAGUGCAUCCCCAAUACAGGGAAAUACAGGGCUCCCAAAGCAGAUAAACUGGUGUUAAUUGCACUUUCAUUAUUUUUAAAAGAUAAAAUGUACAUAUUCAUAUGAGUCAAAAUUUUCAACACGAUAUGUGGGCAAUGAUGGGAUACACCUGUGUAAAAGUCUUUGGACCAUGCUGUAAAAAGCAGCAUUCAUGCUGACAAAAUUGUGCCAGGGAUGGGAAAUGCUGCGCUGUCACACCUGAUGUGCUCCUGACAAAGUUAUCUCUCAAACUUUACAAGGUUAGCAAUAUAUGGGUGUAAUUUGAUAGCCAUGCUUUUAUACUGCUGGACAUACUAUUGAAUUGGUUUUUACUAAUAUUGUGUAUGGACUUUUUGAAUAACCCGUGUAAGAUUUCUUCUAAGAGGAGACAAGUAUUACUCAAAAAAAAAAAAAAAAAAAAAAAAGAAAAAGAAAAACAAAAGGGUACUUCAGAAGCUAGUGGCUUGUUGUUUUAAAAAACAUUCCGUUACCUGUUCCAUAAAAAUAAAUCUUUUUUGCUUGAAAUUCUACAACUUUUAAAAUAUAAAUACUCACUGACGUUCUAGAGCCAGAAGAAAGUCUAAAAGAAACCAUUAGCUACUAGCUUACAAUCAAGCAAAAAUUAUUGCAAGUAGCAUUAUAUAUGCAUCUUACUGCUGCCAAGUCCAAGGAACAAUUUUUAGGAAAAUUAACACUUGCUGAUUAUAAGAGUCUCUCUGUACAAGUAUAGAAAAUGUUAGACACUAUACACUUUCUUUCCUAGAGAGAAGUCCUUUAUUGGAAUAUUAACAUUUAAGGUUAAAUAGUGAAAAAAUAGUGCCAAUAAAUGUGAAAAAUUUGAAAUAAAUUGGUAAUUAAAUUUAGAAUUAGCAUUAACACAGGAUUUUGUUGUAAGUAUAACAUUGGGGUAGGUAACUUUUUUUUAUUAGUAGAGAAUGCAUUUUCCUUUCCUUUAAAAACCAGUGUUGCAAUACCACUUUUUUUUUCUAUUUACUAUGUUGUUUUCAUUCAGUCAGCUUAGUACCAUGACAUCCCUAGUGCAGUAUGGAAGAACCUCAAGACAUUUGCUCUAAAACAGGAUACCAAGCUGCUAGGCUGAUUGGUUACAGAUGUAUAUGUAUUUUAGGAAUACAUGUUUUUGAAUACGCAUUCAGAAACAUGCAGAUAUGACAUGCUUGGCAUCUGUUUUUGAAAUAAUAAAGGUUCAUUUUAGUAUGUACUUUGCUUUAUUUCAUUUUUCUUUCACUGUAUAUUGAUAUCAAGUGUAAUACUAGUUUCACUCUAUGUAAAUUGAGGUGUAUAUAAACCACGCUUAAAUUUAUAAAUAAAUUCUACCGUUAUGGCAA